AUGAAGUCUGACGUUUGGACUUAUCCACUUCGUGUGGUUAACCUAUUAACACUUAGUCCCCAUGUCUCCCAGUCUUCGCAAAUCUCAACGUUCCCAGUUUUCUAUACUCAAUUUUGUAAUGGAAACCGUCGUGAGUUAUCAGUUAUACUUGUAUUGAGUGGAAAUAUUGUUCCUUAUUUGCACUAUGGUCUAGGAUUUAUAGAAAUGCUUGCCCUCAUAG